AUGACACCGUUACCGUCGCAAGAAUGGAAAACCACUUUCUCUUUUAGGGAGAGGGUUGCCAUCGUCGAGCAUAUAGCCUCAUUAUUGGAGUCGUCCGAUCCGAGCCUCGAGCACUCUCGUGCUCUAUCCUCCGCCCGAGCUAUCGAAGUCGAGUCCCACGAGAAGUCUUUCUCACAGGAGGAAUACACCCGCCUUUGGAAGGCCAAACUACAAGAGCUUAAGGAGAAAUAUGCAGAGAAGCAGCUGGAGACUCGAAGUCUCUCUGCAGUUUCGGGAUCCGGCAGUGCUUUCGAUGAUGCUGCUUCCCAGGACAUCCCGCACGCAACAGAUAGGGGAAUCACAAUUGGCCGCUUCAUUGGCUGCAGACAUCACAACUCGGGGAUCUUCUCGGACGUCUAUAAAGCUCUAUUAAAGCCCAUGACUCUCAUGUCGCCCGCUCAAUUCGUCGCCUUGAAAGUCACUAUCCCUUCUAGAAUGGCCCCACCGCACGACUCCCACCGUGAGGCCAGAAUUCUUCAAAAAUCCGAGCACAGAUGCGUCGUCAAGCUCCUCGAGAAAUUUACGCUGCCGACAUCUCAAUUCGUCAUGGUGUUUCCUUUCUACAACUAUAGCCUCGACACACUCCUCAAGUCAAAUGCCAAAAUUGCCGGUGACCAGAUGGCCGAUAUUUUUCAAGACGUCCUCUGCGGUCUUGAGCAUAUUCACUCGUUGGGGAUAAUCCAUCGCGACGUCAAACCCUCCAAUAUUCUCCUCAUGGGCGCAGAUGGCCCUGCCGUCCUCGCGGAUUUCGGAAUCGCCUGGUCAUCCAAUGAUCCCGAAUCCGAGCCUGCCGAGCACAAGAUUACGGAUGUGGGGACUACCUGCUAUCGACCCCCUGAGAUUCUUUUCGGGAACACAGCUUAUACCACAUCACUGGAUAUGUGGGCUUUUGGGUGUGUCAUGGCAGAGUGCUAUACAGAUGGCCGCGAGUCGCUAUUCGAUGCUGGUGACUUGGGCAGCGAGUUGCAGCUUAUAGGGUCCAUCUUCAGGAGGCUUGGGACGCCUACGUUGGAAACCUGGCCUGAAGCAUCAAACUUCUCCGACUUUGGUAAGAUAUGCUUCAAUAGUUUUCCAGCCCAGAAAUGGGAGGACAUCUUGCCUAAAGCGCCAAGGCCUGUCACGGAGCUUUUAUCUCAGUUGUUAGUUUUUGAGAGUGGGGAUAGGCUCUCUGCUACUGAGGCGUUGGCAACCGAUUUAUUUGAGUGA